CGAGCGGAGGCUGCUGCAGAGGCUGGGCCGGGAGCAGGAAGUGGGAUACCGGCGACUCCAGGCGGGCUGGGGAGUGGGUUGGAGAGCUGGCUGCCUUCGCCACUUAGCCGAGUCGCCACCGUCACUGGGAAGAUGGAGGGGCCUGGUCUGGGCUCGCAGUGCAGGAAUCACAGCCAUGGCCCCCACCCUGCAGGAUUUGGUCGACACGGAGUCUGCGCACAUGAAAACAAAGAACUUGCCAAGGCGAAAGAAGUUCUUCCUCUUAUAGAGGACUCUAGUAACUGUGACAUUGUUAAAGCUACCCAAUACGGGAUUUUUGAACGAUGUAAAGAGUUGGUAGAAGCAGGAUAUGAUGUCAGGCAACCAGACAAAGAAAAUGUGUCGCUUCUUCAUUGGGCCGCCAUUAACAACAGGCUGGAUCUUGUAAAGUAUUAUAUUUCAAAAGGUGCUGUGGUAGAUCAAUUGGGUGGAGAUUUAAAUUCAACUCCUCUUCACUGGGCCAUCAGACAAGGGCAUUUACCUAUGGUCAUAUUAUUACUGCAGUACGGUGCAGACCCCACUCUCAUCGACGGGGAAGGGUUCAGCAGCAUCCACCUGGCGGUGUUAUUCCAGCACAUGCCCAUCAUAGCAUAUCUCAUCUCAAAGGGACAGAGUGUGAAUAUGACAGACGUGAACGGGCAGACGCCUCUCAUGUUAUCCGCACACAAAAUACUCGGGCCAGAACCAACUGGAUUUCUUUUAAAGUUUAAUCCUUCCCUCAAUGUGGUUGAUAAAAUACAGCAGAACACCCCGCUUCACUGGGCAGUGGCGGCAGGAAAUGUCACUGCAGUUGAUAAGCUUUUGGAAGCUGGUGCUAGCCUGGAUAUCCGAAAUGUUAAGGGAGAGACACCUCUCGAGAUGGCUCUACAAAAUAAAAAUCAGCUCAUUGUUCACAUGCUGAAAACAGAAGCCAAAAUGAGAGCCAACAAAAAGUUCACACUUUGGAGGUGGCUGCAGAAAUGCGAACUCUUCCUGCUGCUGAUGCUUUCUGUGAUUACCAUGUGGGCUGUUGGAUUCAUAUUGGACUUCAAUUCAGAUUCUUGGCUUUUAAAAGGAUGUCUUCUAGUAACAUUGUUUUUUCUGACAUCUUUGUUUCCAAGGUUGCUGGUCGGGUAUAAGAACCUUGUAUACUUACCGAUGGCCUUCCUGCUAAGUUCCAUUUUCUGGAUGUUUGUGACUUGGUUCAUCUUAUUCUUUCCUCAUCUCGCAGGCACUCCUUUCUAUUUUGCUUUUAUUCUCAGCAUAAUAGGCUUCCUCUACUUCUUCUACAAGACUUGGGCAACGGAUCCAGGCUUCACUAAGGCUUCUGAAGAAGAAAGGAAAAUGAACAUCAUCACCCUCGCAGAGACGGGCUGUCUGGACCUCAGGACAUUCUGUACAUCAUGUCUUGUGAGGAAGCCAUUAAGGUCACUCCAUUGCCCUGUGUGCAACUCCUGUGUCGCUCGAUACGAUCAGCACUGCCUCUGGACUGGACGCUGCAUAGGUUUCGGCAACCAUCGCUAUUACAUAUUCUUCUUAUUUUUCCUUUCCAUUGUGUGUAACUGGAUUAUAUAUGAAUCUUUCAUGUAUUGGUCAAAUCAUUGUGCCACAACAUUCAGAGAAGAUGGACUGUGGACCUACCUCAAUCAGAUUGUGGCUUGCUCCCCUUGGGUUUUAUAUAUCUUCAUGCUAGCAGUCUUCCAGUUCUCAUGGUCAACGUUUUUAUUAUUGAAUCAGCUCUUUCAGAUUGCUUUUCUGGGCCUGACCUCCCACGAGAGAGCCAGCCUGCUGAAGCAGAGCAGGCACAUGAAACAGCCGUUGUCCCUCAGGAGGACGCCAUACAACCUGGGGUUCACACGGAACCUCGCGGAUUUCUUCCAGUGUGGCUGCUUCGGCUUGGUGAAGCCCUCCGCCGUAGACUGGACGGCCCAGUACACCAUGGUCUUUCACCCAGCCAAGGAGAAAGUGCUUCGCUCGGUGUGAAGCAAAGCAACUCCAAGCUCUCCGAUUUGUUUGUGUUUGUGUUCACACCCUGGUGUAAAAAUGAAGAUGCAGAGUUCACCUAAGCCCAGAGGAAAACACAGGUGGUUUUUAAAGCCAUUUGGUGAAAACAGUUCUUGAUAAAGGCAUUAUACUUUUUUUAGAUUUAGCCACAGCAAUCUUGGCAAACAUCUAAAAAAUUUUUUUAUAUUUUUUGCAAAUGCAAGUUACUUUGGGGGGGUGAUAAUAUUCACUAAUUAUGGAUAAAAUGUGGUAUUUUCAGAUACUUUAUUGGCUGUUUCAAAAUAGUACUGUUCUUUCAACUUGUCAUUUUUGAUAAAUUAUUUGUUUUUGUUUUAUCUAUAAAUAUGUAAAAAUAUUUAAAUAGACAUACUGUUUUGCCUUCACACUUAAUAAAAAUCUUUUUGUAGUUCUGUA